AUUCUCGAUUUUUUAAUACACAUAUUGUAUUGUAAGUACAAUGGGGCAUAUUUGAUGUAACUGAGAGAAAAGGAUUGCCUGUUGUCGUUUUGUGUUGAUGCUAACUAUUUCUUCUAGAAACAAUGCAGACUACCGAUAUUGUUUCCAAGUUCUUCAUCAGAGAGUACUAUACCACUCUCCAUAACGAUUACAAGAGCAUUUACCAGUUCUAUGCUCCCGACUGUUUCAUGUCGAUCGCGAUGACUAACAAGCCGGCGUUGAAGUGCAAUGGAAAGGACAAGGUGAUUUCCCUUCUUGAAGAAUUUAAUCUGAAAGAAGCCGUUUGGAACCUUGACAACGGUCAUGUGAGCGUUGCCCCCUUCGAACAUGGUGGUAUGAUCAUCCUUGUCAGUGGUCAGAUCCUUCUCUCGGACAACAAGGAGCGCUUCUUUUCGCAGAGCUUCGUAUUGGGCAAGAACUCCGAGUCUGGCAACGAAUUCUACGAGAUUCGCCACGACAUGCUUCAGCUCAUCGACCUCGCCGAGAUGGACCAAUUCGUGGAGGUCGAAGAGGAGGUCGUGGACACCGCGGAGCCCCUCCCUGUCCCUGACUCCAUUCCCUCUUCCCCGUCUUCGGAGUCUUCUCCAGAGCCCUGUCCCGCGUCCACUUCGGAGUCUGCCGCGCUCCCCUCCGCUUCGGCUCCCGCUUUCGAGCCCGCUUCCUCCCUGGACUCGCUCCCUGUCCCUGCGGCCGAGUCUGCUUCCGAGCCCGCCGCCGAGCCGGCUGCUGACGCGCCGAGCGACGCCAAGCCGGCUGCCGAGCCCGCCGCUGCGGAGCCUGCCGCUGCCGAGCCCUUCAUCCCCUCCAUCCCCGAGGCGCCCAAGGCUCCCGAGGCCCCCAAGGCCGAAACGCCCGCGCAGGCCGAGAAGGAAACGCCCGUGAAGGAGGAAACGCCCGUGAAGGAGGAGAUCCCCGCGGAAGUGAAGGCGGAGGCGCAGCAGGCGCAGCAGGCGCAGCAAGCGCAGCAAGCGGUGAAGGAGACGCAGCCGGGCGCAGGGGAGUCGGCAAAGCCGGAGUCGAAGCUCGCGGAGUCGGGAAUUUCCGAGUCGAAGGAAGCGAAGACGGAAGGAAAAGCGGAGACGAAGGAAACGAAGGCGAAGACGGAAGUGAAGAAGAAGCCGACGACCCCGCAGGGCAACCAGGGAAGCCAGGGAAGCCAGGGAAGCCACCGCGGGCACGGCCGGUACCCGCAUUAUGGACACGGAUACAACGAGGCGGCGAGCAGCGAUAAAAACGCGAACAAUGACGACGAGUUCGUGACGGUGAAGUCGCAUUUCCCGAGUAAAAAGCGGACGAUGGCCGGGUCGAGUCUGUUCGUGCGGUUCCAGGACGCGAUGAUCAAUCGCGACGCGCUGAAGCAGACGUUCAAGAGUGAGGGAACGGUGGUGAAUGUACAUGUGGUGGAGAACCGGAUGUUCGCGUACGUGGACUUUGCGGAGGAGGGAGCGGCGAAGAAGGCGGUGGAACGCGCGCAGACGAAGCCGUUUUAUAGAUGGGGAAGGGCUAUGGGAGAAAACAUCGGAGUUGGAGGGAGUAGAACGCAUGCUGGGUUUAGUAGCGAUGUUUGUUGGAAUGCACUUGUUAUGCAGGAGGGCUGUCAGACUUUCACGGGCUGUCAUCUUUGUGUCGUGGACAAGGUGACCAACACGGAUGACGCUCUGAAAAAGAUCGUACAAACACUGGAACAAUAUGACGCUACUUAUCAGGGGACCUGGCGAUUAGGCAUUGAGCAAUAUCGAAUCAAGAGCGAAUUCGCGUCUUCCGUCAAACAUAAGGAGUUGAGUUCGGAUGUCAUAUCGCUGUGCACGUCAUCCUCGUUCCCGCAGAAUGUGCUAGUUUGUGGGAAAUAUUCAUCGGUGAUUGCAGAUCUGGGAAUGAGCAUGCUUUUUAGUGAGUAUUUCCGGUUUUACGAAUGUACGCACUCGAUCGUUGUUCAAGGUCACUACUACCGCCUGAACGAUUUCAUCAUUCGCUAUGGGUCGGUUCGGAAGGCUGAGGAAGAUCUCCAUCAAGUCGUUUUGGAUUUCGAGUACCUCGUUUCCGGACAUCCAAGAUCCUUGAUCUUACUUCGCGAACUCCAUCGAGUGAUUUAUCCGUACGGGAAAUACGUUCCAACGAGCUUUCUGAAUUAUUCGACCUGCACAAUGCCUAUUUCCUCUUCCUCCAAUCUCUUUUCGUUCUCUGAUCUGGGAUUUAUGUACGCGGGGAUCGCUGGAAUGCAUUUUGACACUGCUUUUAAUCGGAAGGCGCGAGUGAAAACUGAAAAUGAAUAA